CACUCAGUCCAUAUCGGAACCUCGGCCGCAGCACAGCUCGUACUGCAGCUCGCUGGCUCCGCGCGAUCACUGGGCUAAAAGAUCGGUGUGCAGCGAGGUGUGAACGACUGAUUAUUGUUCUCCCUCUCCAUAAUAGUCUUCAACCUACAAGGCAAUCAGUAAUAUGUUUUUAUUCAACACGGGCUUCGCUAUGGCUUAAGCAAAGAAGAACAGCGAUACAGGUCGUGUAUAGGUGGUGGUAAUUUACUCGCCGCCUACGGAGCAUCGAGAAGAUCGACCCAACCGGAGGGACGUCCUGCCAUGGCGCCCCAGACGAAGAUUAUCGAGAGCGGGGGAGAGGCGGCACCGGCAGAAAAGCGAUCUCCUCUGCAAGAAUCCGAAGGGCUUCUUGACCCGCGACGCCAGAGCUUGGGCAAAACUCAGGAGGUGGAGUUUCACAACUUGGAGGCGGGAAGCGAUCCCACCCCCACCGCCGCCCUUGGGAAGCACCAACGCGCCCGCAGCCCAGACGUCGAUCGCGGAUGGGCGUGGGUGGUGUUUGUGGCGGCCUAUCUGUACUUCUUCAUUUCGUCAGGCAUGUACUACUCGUUCAGCGUCUUCUUCGUGGAGCUUCUGAACACCUUCGACGAGUCCCGAGGCAAGACCGGCUGGGUGUACUCGACCAACUCCGCCGUCCACAUGUUCUCGGGGCCCAUCGCCGGCUGGGUCGUCAUGAGGUGGGGUCCCCGCGUCGCCGUCAUGCUCGGGGGCUUCCUGGCUGGUCUCGGCAACUUCAUGACCGCCUUCGCCCCGAGUCUCGACGUCAUCUUCUUCACACAUGGCUUCGUGAACGCUCUAGGAACAAGUCUCAACUUUUCUGGAUGGGUAGUAGGACUCUCCAGGUUCUUCGAGCAGCGCCACGCCCUCGCCGUAGGUCUCGCGAUGUCUGGAUCGGGAUGCGGAGUGUUCUUUCUCGGUCCGCUCAUGGAGAGGUUCGUGCGCGAGCUGGGGUGGAGAGGCGCCAUGCUCAUCUGCGCGGGAUUGUCUCUGAAUCUGUGUGUCUUCGGCGCGACUAUCUACAGCAAGCUAAGACCUCCUCCCUUAGCGGAUAAUAAGGCUUCUACUGAAAGCGUAAAGCUCGUUGUUGAUCAGAUAUGCAUUCCGGACAAGGAAAUGGACGAUUUGUUGCCGGGGAGUGAAGUAAUUCUUGACUAUGAUGACAUGGGUGACUCUCAGGAAAACUGGCGUAGUAAGGAAACCCUGGCGAUGCCUUCCCUUGUAGCGGCUGGGAGUAUAUGGUCACUGGCAGAGUCAAGACGCGAGGAGACCCGCCACAACAGGCUUCGUAACAUGGUAAUGUCUGCCAAGAGACAGUUUGGGGGCAAUCGCAGUAACGACUAUGAGUCAAGCGCGGAGAAUCGAGAAAACACGAAGGGAGAAAUGAGGCGUUUGUUCUGCUCCCCAACAUUCUGGCUGCUUGAGGCUUCUUGCUUCCUCAGCUUCUUAGCAACUACGACUGUGUUCGCCGUAUUUCUAGACUGGACGAAAUGGGCUGGGCUCUCUGCGGCCUUCUCCCAGGCUCUCGCUGGCAGCGGCGCCGGCGACAUGGUGGGCAGGAUGCUGGCCGGGGCGUUCAUGGGCUGCAGCAUUCCGCCUCUCCUGCUGUUCAGCGCCAUCCAGCUCUUCUUGGGGCUCACUGUCGGUGGCGCAGCCUUGGCGACCUCCCACGGAGAGCUGAUCGCUGCGAUGGUAGGCUUCGGAAUUGCGUGUGGCCUGCAGAGCGUCCUGUACGCCCUCAUGCCAUCGCAGAUGAGUUCUGGCGUAGGAGUGGCAAGGGUGCUAGGCUACCUCCUGCUGGUCACAGGAGCUGGAGCCUUAUCGGGGCCGCCCAUCGCCGGAGCUCUCGUGGACCUCACCAACUCAUACACGUCUGUUUUGAUCCUGUGUGCUGCCGCUCCUGCCGGGGCUGCGGUCCUCAACCUCGCUGCAUAUUUCACCUCUCGCUACAGUUCAACGUCCAUCAUGAAUACGAGGUCGUCUUCGUCUACCAACACCAAGUCAUCGUCAACAACCUUAAGUAAUCUGACCUCGGAUGACCCUCUGGACCCACCGACGUCCCAAAACUCCUGUAAAAAAGAAUCGAAUGUAUAGAUAACUCUCGCAAAAAACGAGACGAAAAUGUGAUAUUGAGUUGUGCAUGUUACCAGACGUCAUUUAAAAGUCUAUCACUAAAUUAUUCAUUCAACACACUCUAUUUCAGCACACAGUUCGUGCAUUUCAAGUUACCCUGUUGCAAAGGUCUAGUGAAACUUUACACACCCCAUUUUAACGCAAGCACGAAGGGUCCUCGCGCCCAGUUGAGUACUACUGAUGGAUGUUAAACUAGAUAAAUGAAAGGAUUAUUAGCCUUUUAUUGUGAUUGUUAUUCAUCUCGAUGUAAAGAUAAUGGUAUUAACGACAAUAAUGAUGAUAAUGAUUGCAAUGAUAAUAUUAAUGAUGAUAUUUACUAUUACUGACAUUACACUUACUAUUAUCAUGUUUUUAUCAUCAUUAUUAUUAUCAUUAUCAUAACCAAUAUUAUUAUCAUUACCAUUAUUACUUUUAUCGUUAUUAUGAUUAUCAUUAUCACCAUCAUUAUAUAUUGUUAUAAUUAUAAUUAUUAUCAUUAUUAUUAUCGUUAUUGUUAUUAUUAUUACUUUUAUUUAGUAUUAUCAUUACUAUUACCAUUACUAUAAUUAUUAUCAUCAUCAUUAUUAUUAUCAUUAUCAUAAUUAUUACAAUCAUUAAUAUCAUUAUCAUUAUCUUCAUAGUUAUUAUUAUUACUUAUACCAUGAUUAUUAUCAUUACUCUCAUCAUCACUAUUUUCAUUAUUGUCACCAUCAUUAUGACUAUCAUUACUGUUAAUAGUGACAGUUGUAAUAGCAGAGCUGCAUAAGAGCGAAAUUACUGUAUGAAUGUUGCGCGUCAUAUACAAGUUCCAGGAGUAGUUAUGUUAGUAGUAGUAAUAGUAAUAGUAGUAGUAAUAGUAUCAGUAGUAAUGAAUCCAACUUCUAAUUGAUAUUUGGAAUAUAUGUGAGAUUAUGUUUUAUUUAUCAUUAUGUAUAACUUUAUCUGUAGAAUCGCAAGGAAGUGUAAAAAAAUAUCAUUCCAGUUUCGAUUUUCCUUAGUCUAUGAUCAUGUUUUUCAUUUUCAUUUUCAUUUUGUUUUUUAUCACAGUGUAUUAUCAUUGGUCAUAAAAAAUGUUGAGCGGUUGGGUAAACUUCAUUAUUAUAUGUAUUUAAACUUGUAUAUAAAGUGUAAAUAUAUUUUGCUAAAUUUUAGAGGUAUUUUAUUUUGUAUAGGGAUGCUGUUACAAUCUCUUUGUUGCAGCAAUCGUGAAUGUGUCAAUAAAAGUAUCAAUAAAGACUACAUAAUCCAA